CCGUCCCCCACCGGCCGGGAUGGAAUCCGGGGGGACCUGGAAGGGAUAAACCGACGGACUGGCCUCCUCCCGAUCUGGAGGGAAAAAAAAGCAGUCUUUCAAGAGCCGAGGACAAGGCAGCGAAAGUGCACCGCCGACUGAGAGAAGAGAGAGAGAAGCAGCAGCAGAAAGGCCAACAGAAGGAGAACAACAUGAAACAACUCUUCUGCCUCACACUUGUGCUCGGCCUGGCGUGCUUCGCCCUUGGCCAGGACUACCAGGACAUCGAAGAGAAACCGAUUUCCAGGCUGAGGAGCCCUAGAGGGCCGCUCAUACCCAACAGGGCCAACAAACAACAGGCUCUGAAGGCUCAGACGACGACGACUACGACAACAGAAGCACCUGCCGAAGAGUACGACGAGGCGAACUACGACGAAGAAGAACCCCAGCAAACAACUACAACGACCGAAGCGCCCAAGAAAGGGAUUAGAGGAGGAGUGCUUAGGCCAUUCAGGUCCAACACGGACUUGAUCGAAGCACUGAAGAGGAGGAGGGCCCAGGCGGGAUCUGCCUCGCAGCACCACUCGACGACAACAACCACCACUUCCGCCCCCCAGGAGUCGAGCAAGUCCCAAAGGAGGUCCAAGGGGCUCGAACCGUCCCGCAAAUUUGCCAGGAACGGGUACCAGGGUCAAACGAGCACGACUGAACCGCCCCAGGGGGACGAGCCGACUCAGAGGUCGCGCUAUUUCGCCGGCAGGGGAAAACGAUUUUAAGUUAAAUCCUCCUCAAGAACAGAUGGCAGAUAGAAAAGAAAACCUGCCCUAUUCGAAGAACCGACAUCUUAUAAAUAAAUUGUGAUAAACUCAAUUAUAAGGCCAUAAUUUUUCUUUUUUUAAUGUUAAUAAAUGUAAUUUUUCAAUGAAUGAAACAAAAAAUCCGGCCAUGUAUUUUUUAAAUAUUUUAUGUUUUAAUUAAAAAAAAAAAAUAAAGUUACCAAUUUGCCAAGGUGGUGUUACAAAACACCAUACCCCAGCAGCAAAACUAUAUUGUAAAUAUUAUAAAUAAACUUUAAAAAAAGAAA